UUUUUUUUCUUUUUUCGUUGUUUUGGGUUAAUUGCGAGAGAGAUCGAGUGUUUUGUGUUGUUUCUUCUCAAUCGUUCACAUUGAUUAAAGCUAAAGCUUUCUUCUUCUUCUUCCUCAUCUUCUUCUUUCAUUGAUGCUACUUCCCAUUUACCCUUUCUCUGCUUUUUCUUCUCUCUCUCUCUCUCACUCUCACAGUUUUCUGAAAUCUUCUCCCUUUGCGUGCAUUUCUUCAUUUUUCUGAUUCUUCCCUCAAAGGUAUCUUUUUUUUUUUUGUGAUUCUUCAUCGGUUACAUGGGAUUGACUUCGAUUUGAAUCCGAGUUUUCUCUGCCCUUGAUCGGGUUUUUUCGUUAUUUCACUCUUUGUUUAGGAUCUUCCCCAAUCUUAGGUUUGUGAACGAUGAGAUAGUGUUACAAAAGACCCAGAAUCUGUAUUGUCUGCAAUGUCGACGACGUCUUUGCAAACGAUUGGUGCUAUUAAGUCUUAUCAUCAUCAAGCACAGCAUUUGGUUAAGAACUAUUUAUUAGCUGAUCCGUUUAUUCCUUACACGUCUGUUCUCACCGGCAUUUUCCUUUGCAAAGUGGUCUAUGAUCUAUGUCACUUUAUCAGCAACUCACAUUCUAAGACUUAUAUCAUCCUCACUAAAAUUCAAAGAAUCGAAUGGAAUAACCGGGGUAUCUCAACAGUUCAUGCUAUUUUUAUCUCGGCUAUGUCCCUGUAUUUUGUCUUCUGGUCCGAUCUCUUUUCCGAUAGGUGGCAUAAUGAUCUUGUUGUUUUCCGGAGCUCACGACUUUCGUCUCUUGGUUUAGGGGUAUCUGUUGGUUACUUUAUUGCUGAUCUUGGGAUGAUCUUCUGGAAAUACCCUUCUUUGGGUGGAAUUGAGUAUAUUGUGCAUCAUUCACUAUCGGGGGUAGCAGUUGCCUACUCUUUGUUUUCUGGAGAAGGACAGUUGUAUACCUACAUGGUCCUCAUCUCAGAGAUUACAACCCCAGAGAUCAAUUUGAGAUGGUACCUGGACACGGCUGGUAUGAAGAAGUCAUUGGCAUAUGUUGUAAAUGGCGUUUUCAUCUUCUUGGCUUGGCUGGUUGCUAGAAUUCUACUGUUCAUAUACAUGUUUUAUCAUGUAUAUCUCCACUACAACCAGGUCAUGAGGAUGCACAUCUUUGGUUACGUGCUGGUAUUCGGCGUACCAGCUGCACUCGGUGUAAUGAACUUGGUAUGGUUCGGGAAGAUUGUGAGAGGGGUAAAGAAAACAUUAGCAAAGAGAUGUGAAUGUUGAGACUGGUGAGUCUUUCCUCACCAUGUAGUUUCAUCAGAUCAUCAUCUUCUUCUUAUUCGUCCCUCUCUGACAUAUGUCUGUCUCACUAGUGUAAGUAGUUUUUGUCUGAUGGAGAAAGAAAAACAAAAAGAACCAAAAAUGACAAUGAUACGAUCCUCUGACUCUGUAAAUGAUCAAAAUUCAAGUCCCUUUACGUUCUUCAGUAUACAAUGUAAUUCUGUUUUUCAUUCUUAUAUGUAGCUUCUUCUUUUUUUUUGGCU